CUCGGCAGUUCUUGCCUAAAUAUUUUACGUUUGGCCUCGCGUCACCUUCCCGAAUUUGGUCAUCGGAGCGUUAUCAAACCAUCCAAUGUGUUCACAGCGACAAGACCGACAGUACGGUCAGAUUAAGACAGUUUAUCCCGUGCGCACAAGUACACCAGCAGAUUUUGUAUUAAUUAAACGCAAUGGAUCCAUUUUCAGCUGAAGGCGAGCUCCUAAACAUCCACAAUGCCUUCCACCAGGGCCAAUAUCAAGUAGUAGUCGAUUUCGAUACCUCCUCCUUCUCUCCUGAAAACAAACUCAUUACUCGUGUUCUCAAACUGCGCGCCCGAAUUGCCCUGGGACAAACUGAAGACGUCAUUGCAGAUGUCGAGGGCGAAGAUGUGCCUGAUCUAGUUGCUGUGAAGGUGCUGGCCCAACAAGCAGCGGGGGAUGAAGCUGAAGCACUAAAGGGAGUGGAGGAACUAAUAGCGAACCACUCGGACAAUGCGACUGCUCAGGUCCUUGUAGGAACGGUGCUGCAGGCCCAAGGGAAGAGCGAGGACGCCUUGUCGCUAUUGUCGAAGCACCAGGGGAACCUUGAAGCCGUCGCCUUAAUUGUCCAAAUCCACCUCCAACAAAACCGCACCGACCUCGCCCUGAAGGAAGUCCAGGCCGCUCGACGGUGGGCUCAAGAUUCAUUACUCGUCAAUUUGGCUGAGUCCUGGGUGGGAUUGAGAGUGGGGGGUGAAAAAUACCAAUCCGCAUUCUACGUAUACGAAGAACUUGCCUCCGUCCCCAAUACAUCAUCGCCCCUUUCAAUCGUUGGCCAAGCCGUUUCCGAACUACACUUAGGUCGUCUACCGGAGGCUGAAGUCGCUCUCCAAUCAGCACUAGAGAAAUACCCUAACGAUGUUCAGUUGAUUGCAAAUUCGAUUGUGCUGAGAGUUUUGAGCGGGAAAGAUACGACAGAGCUUACUUCAUCCCUUGAAAAGGCACAACCAGACCACCCAUUCCUCACUGACCUAGCUGAAAAAUCUGCGCUUUUUGAUGCUGCAGCAUCAAAAUACUCAGCAAAGGUUUCUUCAUAGCCUAACCGUCUUUUCGUUAUGUUAUUCCCUUUACGUUCGUCUAUUUUAGCAUCAUUCUUGUAGGUAAUCCGCCUCUACAUGCUCUCGCUCUUCUUUUUCAGGUUUAUAGUUCUGUUUCCAUUUCCAUUUCUGUUGUUAGCCGUUAGCCGGGUCCAUGCUGUUUAAACCAUAGACGAACAAUUUAAGCUUGAACCAAACAAAAGCAGACGAAAAUUUGCGUUUCUAAUGUCUUGACGAUUUGAAUCAUUGCUUCUGCUGCGGGAGAUUUGCUGAGUUUGUAUUUUAAGGGCAAUGCAAAAGGAAAUACGCUAGAUUAUUACUAAAAGCCCCGGAGAACACAUCGAUUAAUACCGGCAGUAUUAAAAUUAUUAGCAACCUAUGGCCAUCAAAGUUUCGAGGUCAAAAACGAAGCGUAUGCUUUCCCUUGUUCUGUUCCGGAUCGAUCACCGAUCAUUAAAUUUACGAUGGGCGCGUCGUGGCAUUCAUCCUUGCCCACAACGAAAGUCGUGUUCGGAAAAGCGGUCUGGAAUUUGGGAUCAGGGCGCGUACAAUGUUAACUGACAAACGCUGCAGCAGUGGAGAUAUCAAGAACAAUGGACUCAAAAAAAAAAAAAAAAAAAAGACGCAAUUGCAUUUCAGAUAAAAACCGGAAAGGAAGGAGGACUGACCUUGAACUUCCCAACAAACUCCUCGAUGGGUGAACGGAAUAAUUCAUCCGAACCAGUUAGAAACAACACAUCUCUAACCUUAAGAUCCUUCCACCAAUCUGCUGGUGCCCGGAGCGGCUCCAUGUAAUUAUCCGCUUCCGAAUCUGCAACGUAAAACGAUGACCAUCUCUUCAGGAUCGAAGCCGAAAGUAUGUCUUUAUUCUUGUUCUCCUCGACGGAUGGAUAGUCCAGCGAGAAGGAGACCCACGGCGAAAUAGGCAAGGCGCCGGCUAGCGGCCCAGAAAGCUCCAGUGGCUCAAUUGCCGUGUGCGGAUGGGAAAGGUGGGAGAGAACGCCCAGCGUGAGGUUGCCGCCGGCUGAGUCGCCUGCGAUGAAGACGUUUGAAGGGCUACGGCCGGUUCUGUCAAUUAUGUAGCGGAGCGCCCCGACAGCCUGCGUAAGUUGGGUCGGGUAGACGGCGUGGGGAGUGAGGGUGUAUGUAAUGAAGAAGAUGGCAAUGUCUUUGCCCGCAGCUUUGAGCUGGUCCAGGAUGUCGUUCUGGAGCUGGAAAAACGCAGGGCCAGCGGCGGCUGCAAAACCACCGCCUAUAAAUUCAAGGAGAAUUGGUUAAUAUCCUUCGUCUAAAAUUAAGGACAAGACAAGGGUUCUCUUUGACGUGUAUCUCGGUAAUCAUACCAUGAUAGUAAAUCAACACAUUCUUCGCAUCUUUAUUGCCGAUCCAAUGACCCUGGGCGCCAUGAUCAAGUGGCACGGUUUGCGGCGUGAACCCGCUCUUUGUCGCGAAGAGUUCGUAUACUUGAUUAGUAGAAGGGUUGAGCGCCCUAAAA